AUGGCGCAAACCAUGGUCUCCCUGCUGCUCCUCCUCUCCAUCCAGGGCGCCCUGACCCUGAGGAUCUGCUCCUUCAACGUGAGGUCCUUUGGGGAAAGCAAGAAAGAAAACCGGAACGCCAUGGAUGUCAUUGUGAAGGUCAUCAAACGCUGUGACCUCAUAUUGCUGAUGGAAAUCAAGGACAGCCAGAACACAAUCUGCCCCACACUGAUGGAGAGGCUGAAUGGAAAUUCAAGGAGAGGCAUAACAUACACCUAUUUGAUUAGCUCUCGACUCGGAAGAAACACAUAUAAAGAACAGUACGCCUUUCUCUACAAGGAAAAGCAGGUGUCCGUGAAGAAAAACUACCUCUACCAUGAUGAUCAGGAUGGAGAUGCAGAUGUGUUUUCCAGGGAGCCCUUCGUAGUCUGGUUCCAGUCACCCUCCACUGCUGUCAAGGACUUCGUGAUUGUCCCCCUGCACACCACCCCUGAGACAUCUGUUAAAGAGAUCGACGAGCUUGCUGAUGUCUACAUGGAUGUGAAAAGCCGGUGGAAGGUGGAGAAUUUCAUUUUCAUGGGCGACUUCAAUGCUGGUUGCAGCUACGUCCCCAAGAAGGCCUGGAAGAACAUCCGCCUGAGGACCGACCCCAGCUUUGUUUGGCUGAUUGGGGACAAGGAGGACACUACCGUCAAGAAGAACACCAGCUGUGCAUAUGACAGGAUUGUGCUUAGAGGACAAGAGAUCGUCCGCUCUGUUGUUCCCAGAUCAAACAGCACCUUUAACUUCCAGAAGGCUUAUGAGUUGACUGAAGAGGAGGCCCUGGCGGUCAGUGACCACUUUCCAGUGGAAUUUCAGCUACGGUCUUCACGAGCUCUCACCAACAGAAGAAGGUCUGUCAUUCCAAAGAGGAAAACAAAGGCCAACCGCUCCUAG